AUGCUACUUACAUUAAGUGUCCUCUCCUUCUUCUUCGGCUUCGUGGUUGCAGCGGUCGUGACUUCGAGGCCGAAACAUGCUCGUUCCACUUUGGAUGAUUCAUUGAGCAAGCUUCGUCAUGUCACGAACGCAUUCAGACCACGCGCGUCUUGCAACCACGAUUCGCCAAUCAGCGUUGAGAAAGGUCUGAUACAGACUGACGAUGCGGAUCUCCUGACGAAAGCUCAGUGCGAAGAGCUUCCAGGCGAUAGCUGGCGGCGUCAAGCAUACGAGGAGAUAAAAUCGAUCCUCGUUGCACGAAAGCCAGGAGCCAAGAAAUUUCCCUGCAUCUACGCCACGACCGGCUACAGACACAACGAGCACCGUUACAUCUUCAUGCACUCGGAAGACCCAACCGAGCCGCGCAACCUCCGCCUCCUCGCCAACGCAAUGCGGGCCUACCUCCCACAAUCCCACUCGCUAGGGCCAAAUACCAGUCUUGUCAUCAUUCACCCCAGAUCCAGCACACAAAACUCGGUAGAGUCCUACCAACAAAGAUUCUGGGAUCUACUUCGAGGUUUGCGGACAUGCGAUCUACAGCCGUGGCCCUCAGACAUCCCUUCAGAAACGCAUGCCCCCAAAUGGGCCUUUUGCUUCAACGGAGUGCCCUGGUUCCCCCGCCGCAAUGACACCCGCGCACGAGCAGCGGCGGUCUCGUCACGCGCCCUACUUCACAGUUGCCAUGCAGCCGAAAUGGGUCUUUGA